UAAAGGCUGCUAACGGACCUCGAUAUGUGGUGGGCUGUCGCCGUCAACUGGACAAAUCCUCAAUUGUUGGGCGAGUAGCAUUAGACGUCUCAACCCUCGUGAUUAUGAGAACUCUCCCUACAGAAGUGGAUCCUUUAGUUUACAACAUGUCAGUCGAAAAGCCUGGGGAUGUGUCAUAUACAGACAUUGGUGGACUCAGUGAUCAGAUAAGGGAACUUCGAGAGGUCUUAAUAAAUCUGAUUUUUGUCAUUGAACUGCCAAUAGUCAAUCCAGAUAUUUUUGUUCGUGUAGGAAUGAAGCCUCCAAAAGGGGUUCUUCUCUACGGCCCUCCUGGAACUGGAAAAACACUUUUAGCUCGGGCUGUAGCCAAACAAAUAAACUGCAAUUUCCUUAAAGUCGUGGCCAGUGCAAUUGUUGAUAAGUACAUUGGGGAGAGUUCGCGUCUAAUCAGAGAUAUGUUUUCAUUUGCACGAGAAAACAGUCCUUCUGUUAUUUUCAUAGACGAAAUUGAUGCAAUUGGUGUCUUUCAGUAUUUAGUUUUAGGGGGACGAAGAUUCUCUGAAGGGACAUCUGCUGAUAGGGAAAUACAGAGAACUCUAAUGGAGGUUAAUUCAUCUUUUUUAAUUUGUAGUUGCUUAAUCAAAUUGAUGGGUUUGAUUCUUUGUCGAAGGUUAUGUUGA